AUGCCACGAGGUCGGUCCUCACUCACUGGUGGGAAGCGCGCACUGUGGUGGGCGAUCCAGUCCAUUCACAAGGCUGAUAAAAUCAAUUCUGCAUACCAAUUUCAGCCUGGUGAGUCCUCCGGUAUGCUCGUGAAAAGCGGGUUUGGAUCUCGUGAGCUCUCGCAAAAAAAGUCGACAUCCCAAUAUGGCGAGAUGUCGAGUCUCUUUGAAAGGCAAGAUGUUUCACCGAUGCGAGAUGAGCCCCUCUUAGAUACACUCACAGAUCUUUGCAAUCGUACGUCGUACCGCAGGAAUUUCACACACUGUUUUGCUGCUGUAAAGCUAUUGAUCGCUCGUGGCUGA